AUGGCGCCGAAAUUGAGAUAUACUUGCAUGGAUAAGGAUGAUGUUGCCUGGGAGAAAAGUGAUGAGGAGGUCGAGGCGUGGGAGAGAUCACUCCUGCGCAACUCGGACAUGAACCGUGCCAUAGGCAAUCUCAUCUUAAAAUACAGACCUGGCAAGGCCGUGGUGCUUCACAGACCGAUCAGAGGAGGGUACAACGUAUGCUACCAGCUAGAAUACGAUGAUGGUUCGUCGGCUGCCAUGAGGUUUCCUCUCAAAGGCGUUGUCAAAUUCCCCGAGGAAAAGGUCAAGUAUGAGGUGGCUACAAUGCGCUACGUCGCGGCAAACACCACUAUUCCAAUUCCCAAAAUAUAUUAUUAUGGAACUGGAGCCGAGAAUCCUACUAGCCUUGGCCCCUUUAUCAUUAUGGAUUAUAUAAAACAUGACAGGACAAUGUCGGAUGCUUUAAAAGACCCCCUUCUUGGACCCGAUGAGCCUCAUGUCUUAGACGCUAACAUUAGCAACCAAAAACUCAAAUUUCUCUACAGACAAAUGGCCGACAUUCUACUGCAGCUAUCUACCCUUAGAUUUUCACACAUAGGCUCGUUGGUCCAGGACAAGGAUGAGGCCGUCUCUGUUUCGGGACGGCCUCUUAUCCAUGUUUCGGGACGGCCUCUCAUCCAGAACAUGAAUUCCUUGGUAGAGCUCGCCGGCGUCGUCCCAUCGCUACUCCCAUCAAAGAGGUAUUCUACCUCUACAGAAUGGUAUUCCGCUAUGGCCGAUAUGCAUCUGGCUCAGCUAGCGUUUCAACACAACGACGCUGUUUCCGACGAGGACGAUGCCCGCGAUAAAUACGUAGCUCGCCAGCUGUUUCGACGACUAGCAUCCAGUGGCCAACUUGCACUUGGAUUAGUCCCCGAGGAUAAGCACUACUGCGAGUCAACGUUUCGACUGUUCUCUGAGGAUUUACGCCCAUCUAAUGUCCUGAUUGACCAACAUCUCCGCGUGGUAGGUGUCAUAGACUGGGAGUUUGCCUAUUUUGCCCCAGCACAGUUCUCCGCUGACCCGCCUUGGUGGCUGCUCUUGAAGAGCCCAGAGGACUGGCCUGACGGGUAUAAUUCGUGGAUGGAGGCAUAUGAACCACGCCUUAAUACCUUUUUAAGCGUCUUGGAAGAGGAAGAGAAGAAGACGCGGACUCCAUCGUUCCCUGCGAAAGGCUCGGAUUUGCCCCUUUCCCAACGAAUGCGAAAGAGCUGGGAGAGCAAAACGUGGAUGGUUAGUUACGCAGCCAGAAAUAGUUGGUCUUUUGACUUUAUCUUUUGGAGAUACUUGGAUCACGCCUAUUUUGGGCAAAACGAGGAUGGAGAUUAUCAGACGAGACUGAACCUUCUUUCGGAGGAAGAGAUUGCGGCGAUGGAAGCUUUGGUCGAGAUAAAAAUGGAGGAAAGCAUGGACAGGAAGCUCGUCCAUUGGGAACACGACAAUGCUGUCGCCCGAAUGGCCAAGUUUAUGCUCUAA